AGUCAUACCUAUUUAAAUAAAAUAUAAAUGCUUUCUUACAGACAGAAUUGAUGUUACCUCCAUCCAUACAAUUCCACCAUCACAAAUGGAUACAACUGAGGUUGUAGAAAGUGAGGCUACUCAAAACCAAGUUGUACUAUUUGUUACAAAUGAGUUUGAACCAUUGCCACUCACUACUAAUGCAGAAACAGUUCCAGAAGAAACAAAUAUAAUAAAAGUAGACAAUGUAAAUGACAAAGCUUUGCAUGAAACUCCAAAUGGGAAAUGUGUCAUAACUCCAACUACUUCUGCCAAUAAAAAAUGGGAUGUCACGAGCAGAAGAAAUUUAAAAUCAAGAAAACAUCCUGCACUGAUUGCUAAUACACCAAAAAAAACACUUUUUGAUGAGCUGACUCAAGCUAAGCUGGAACUAGUUCAGCUCCAAAGAGAUUUUUUGGAAGCAGAAAUAAGUGAAAAAAAGAAGGUGUGGGAAUUUGAAGAAAGUGAACGCAAGAAGGAGGCAGAGUUUAAAGAAAAGGAGCGCAAAUGGAUAGAAGAAGAGUAUAAAUUAAAAUUAGUAAAGAAUUUUAAAUGAAUAAAUUGUUUGUUUUA